AAAAUCCAAAGUGAUCGAGUCUUUGCAUGGUCUUGUAUGUGCCAUUGAAGCCCGCACAGUUCCACCCGGCUGUGCUGUGAAAUUAGAGGUCAUACAUUUUCAACAAAAAGAGAAAACAGCACAGGAAGAGAAAAUGUCCGGAGAACUUCCCCUCGACAUCAACAUAAAGGAGCCACGAUGGGACCAGGGCACGUUCAUGGGACGUGCUCAGCACUUCUUCAUGGUAACAGAUCCUCGCAACGUGCUGCUGUCUUCAGAGACUCUUGAGGAGGCCAGGGUCAUCGUGGAGAGCUACAGAGCUGGGGUCGUGAGGCCAGGCCUGACAGAGGAUGAGCUCUGGAGAGCCAAGUAUGUGUACGACUCAGCGUUCCACCCGGACACAGGGGAAAAGAUGUUUGUGAUUGGUCGGAUGUCUGCUCAGGUGCCCAUGAACAUGACCAUCACAGGCUGCAUGCUCACCUUUUACAGGACUACUCCUGCUGUUGUCUUUUGGCAGUGGGUCAAUCAGUCCUUCAAUGCUGUUGUCAACUACACCAACCGUAGCGGAGACGCCCCCAUCACUGUCAAUCAGCUGGGUGCUGCUUAUGUGAGUGCCACGACUGGAGCUGUGGUGACAGCCCUGAGUCUGAAGGCCUUGGCCUCGCGUCUCCCUCCGAUUGUCAGCCGCUUCGUUCCUUUUGCUGCUGUGGCUGCUGCGAACUGUAUCAACAUUCCCUUCAUGAGACAGAGGGAGCUGAAGUUUGGUAUCCCUGUCACAGAUGAGAAUGGAAACAGGUUAGGGGAGUCUGCUAACGCCGCCCAGCAGGCCAUCGCUCAGGUGGUGGUGUCACGGAUCGGAAUGGCCGUUCCAGCUAUGGCCAUCCCUCCAGUGAUUAUGAAUGCACUGGAGAAGAGGGCUUUCAUGAAGCGCUUCCCAGUACUGAAUGCUCCUGUACAAGUGGCACUUGUGGGUCUGUGCCUCGUCUUUGCUACUCCUUUGUGCUGCGCCCUCUUCCCACAGAAAAGUUCUAUGAGUGUGAGUGGACUGGAGAAGGAGCUACAGGAGAGGAUACGAGAGACCAGCCCCGAAACCACCAGAGUCUACUUCAACAAGGGCCUGUAGAAAACAAACACACACAAUUUUCUGUCUGUUCCAAGCACAAAAGAAGGUCACGUCCCAUUUUCUGUAUGCGUUUUUGUUACUAACUGACUAUAUGAAGCAGCUGCAAUGGUGAAGACUGGAUAAUGAUGACCAACUAAAAUCCAAUGGAAGAAGAUGUAUUAUAGUUAACAUUGCAGGAUUAUGAUUUUGAUGUUGUGAGUGUUUUGUGUCUUCCAUACCAAAUACUAGUAAAUUUCCCAUCUACACCUUUCAUUUCAAGUAAACUGAAGGCUUGUGGCGUAUAUAUAUAUAUAUAUACUGGCCACAUUAUUAGAUACGGUCAGUUUAAGUUAUUUUAAUUGGACAACAAAUAUUAAAGGGCCUAUAUAUUAUGCUUAUAAUGUUGGUUCCUCAUUGUGUUGUCUCAUCAAAAACAUACAUGGGGAUGUGUUUUGAUUCAUUCACACAUGUUUAGCACACAAACCCUGCACAUUUAGACUUAAAUUCUUCUCUCAAACUGUCAAACACUCAAAACACUCUGUUCCUCCUUGUGAUGUUAUGUGGUAAUACACAAAGUGCUCUAUUCCACUUCACAGUAAUCAUUUGGAUAAUUUCAGAACUGGAAUUGCCAACCCCUACUGAACAAAAGAUAAAAGAUAGCUGUUAACUUGAAAAGUACCGCUUCAUGACAUCACAAGGUGGAACAGAGCAUUUUGAGCUCUAGGGAUGUAGACAGACUAAUAAUAAAGGAUUACUCAAAGAGAUGUGAAUGAAACGAAAUAUAACUCCAGGUAUGUUUUUGAUGACAACAUUAUAACAUGGUUAAAAGCUCCAUUUUGCAUAAUAUAGGACCUUUGAAAUGUGGUAUUGGUUUGAAAUUGCGUAUCUAAUAAUGUUAGCAGUUUGUGUUUUUGAAUGUAAAUGUUUGCCUUGCGCACUCUCCAUGUUUGUAUAACUUUUUUGUUGCUUUACUCAUAGAAACUUCUAACUGAACUGAACUGAAUUUAAUGAUUUUUCCUCAUAACUUGUGAAUCGGCUUCUUUAAAGUGUACUUAUACUGCGUUACAUGUUCAAACCGACAAGAAGGUGCUAGAUAAAAUGUAAGUAUAGAUGUUUAAAAGCACUCCAAGGUCACUAAGCACACACGGAUGCAGACCUUUGUUGUGGUCACUUUAUAAGAGUAUAUUACAUUAUUGUAGGUGGAUUGUUGUAGUGAUAUUGUGAAGGUUAGGUGUUAGUCUUAUUGAUGGGUUUGGCAAUUUGAUGUUUUAUUUUUUAUGGAAAAAUAUAUAUUACGUCAACAUACAAAAGAGCUUGUUAGUGAAAUACAGCUGUAGUUCUGUUUUGUGUAUCACCAGCUUGUUUUAUUAGCACACGUUUAAGCCAUAGCUGUCCUUUGCACCCAUAGACUGUAUAUAAAAAUGGACAUAGUUAACAUAGCAGGUUAGCUAUGUGUUCCAAAUAGGAAGUGAGCAUGGGCACGCUUCUGGCUCCAUCGACUCUGGUUCUAAUUCACUUUGUGUUGAAAAAAAGCGUCACCCUCUCUCUGUAACUGCUGCUGUGAGCCUCGUCAUUUUGGUCUUAAAAUGUCCAUAUUAACCCACUCUGAUCCUGGCAUUUUUUAUAUUGCCAAUAUUUAACUUAGCUCCAAAUUUGCCCCUAUAACUGCGAGCCUCGGUGAGCUUCAUUUGACUGAAGUCGAACACUAUGGGUGAUGUCUCGCUCCCUUAGUCCACUUCUUUAUACAGUCUGUGUUUGCGCCUCAUGACUUAGAGGUCAGUAGAUAAUACUGAAUUGCAAUCUAGAAAAAGUUCACCUAUAAAAGAUCUGAUAACAAAUAACAUAGUAUAUUUAUACAAAUAUGUGAUAUAUUAAGAUGUAUUGUAGGUUAGAUAUUAACAUAAAGGUGUGUGUUGGUUAUGGCCCUAAACUUAAAGCUGCUUUAAUUCUUUGCAAUAGUUAAUUAAUUAAUUGUGGCCAGGAAGGACUUGGAGUUCUGGUCAUGGGUGAGUGUAGCUGGGUGUUUCGGAGUGUGGAUAUUGUGUAUUUAUUAUGAUUUAACCUACACGACCAGCCAGACUUUUGGGCACACUUUUUCAGUUAUUCUUAUUCUUUAUUCCAUAUUUCUUAUUUAUUUACAUUGUAGAUUCUCACUGAAGGCAUCAAAAUUGAAUGUACUGAACACAAAUUAACAAAAAUAAAUAAAUCUAAAACAAGUUUGGAGUUAAGGAAAAAAACAACACAAAAGGGUUGAAGAUUAGGGUAUAGAAUAAAAAUAGUUAGAGUUUUUUGGGGUUUUUUUUUUUUUUUACUUUUUUGCUUGCUACAUAAUUCAGUAUCAUAUUUCAUAUACAAUGUAGAAAGUGGUAAACAUAAAGAAAACAUACACUGAAAAAGGUCUUGUGUCCAAACCUUUGACUGAUAGUAUAUACUUGUACUAUUCAAAGUAUCUCACAUCAUAUAUAUGGUAUAUGCACACUUAAAGAUGUACUUUAAGAGCACAUUCAGUGAAACAGGGUCCUGUAGUUCUGCAGUUAUCCACAAAACAAAUGUUGCAUAGUGGAUUUUAUACAAAUAAGAAAAGCAAAUAAGGAAGAUUUGAAUGAGGGUUAUAGUGCAUUGAGUAUGACACGAUGACUGUCAGUUUAAAGAACUCCUAUUGUACUCCUAAGUGUAGCCUAAUUAAUGUAUGUUAUGACGUAUAUUUGUUUUAUGAAGAUAUUAAAAUUUGUAUUCAUUCUUUUCAUUUGGAGACAUGGCAGUUGCAUUUUCUGUUGCGUGUAAAGGUGCAGUGUGUAACUUUUGGUCAAGGGUCCGUCGCCAGUUUCCCUUCACAGAGAGAAUUAGUUGAUUGGAAUGUUUCACUGUAUGGGAUUACAGUUAUUUAUCUCUAUAAAAACAGCAGGUGACACUGCAGGGCCAAGUUACAUGUCAAAUCUUUAGAGAGGCAAGCCCAUGCAAGUUUGGAAGUCCCCCCCACAUAAUAUUGAGUAAAUUCAAGAUGGUUACGUUGAAUGCCAUACUAGGACAUUCCAGACAAAGCGACAACAUCUCCAUAGAGACAAGCAGAAAAGUUACACAGUGCACCUUUAAACAUUGAGCACUGGUAAAUAUGUAUAUUAUAAAUUCUUACCAAACACAACAAUACCAAACCAUUAUUAUUAUUGCUUAUUGCUACUGAAGUACUUAUAAUCAACUUGGCUUUAUAUGUUAGCUUUGUUUUAUGUGUAUGAAACUGCACUAUAUUUAAAAAAAAUAUUCAUUUUUUAAUUUGCUUUACCCUUUAACUUGUUUUAUGAAACUGUUACCAGGAGGAACCCCUCUGCACACACCAAACACGUUGAUUUUAGCAUAAAUGUUUGCAGGUAAAGUGAAUAGACGACAUGGAACCAAAGAUGGGAUGAGAACAACGUUUGGUAAAAAUUUUAUUUAUAUGCAACUAAUGUCACCAAAUUUCAGCUAGUCAUUUAUUUUAAAGGUCUCAUAUUACUCUAUUUUCUGAUCUAUAUUAUAAUGUUGUUUCCUCAACACAAACAUACCAGAGUUUGUGUGUUAAACGUGUGAAUGAAGCAAAACACAACUCCAGGUACAUUUUUGAUGAGGUAACAACAUUAUAACAUGACUUAAAGUUCACAAGUGUCUGCGUACACUGGUGUGUGAAUGGGUGAAUGGUUCCUUGUUGUAAAGCGCUUUGAGUGCCUUGAAGGUGGAAAAGCGCUAUAGAAAAAUGUGACCGUUUACCAUUUACAAGUCAAUUUUGUGUAAUAUACGACCUUAAAUUUUAAUAUUUUUGUCAGAUUUUUGGCCGAUUAUGCAGCAUUGCCAUUGUUCCUGUUACUGGGUUUGCCUAUUAAGUGUCACUAUGUAUGUGUUAAGACAAUCUGUGUUCUGGUGAUUCAAAAGAAUGUGAUGUUUCACUUUGAUGAUUUCAGAACCCCCAUGUAGUUUAGUGAGUCAGUAUUUGUGCAGUGUAACCUCCUUUUUGUAUUGUGUUGGGCUAUUUCCAUGUAAAGUAAAGUGUAUUUUCUCUGAGCAGUUGAAUAAAAUAUGGAAAGAAAAGA